AUGUCGACCUCCUCUACCUCCUCGUAUAGCAGCGGCACUUCGUCCAUGGGCAUCUCGGCACAGCCUCUGUCCUUGCCCAAGGUCAUGCUCCGACGUCUGGCCAGGGCGGCAUCGCAGAACCCCAUCGAGGUCAUCGUCACCAUCUUCAUCAUCGUCACGCUCGCCUACUUCCAGCUUCUGCAUGCCGUGACACACUCCAACUUCUUCGAGCCCAUCUCGAUCGAAGCCACCAGCCUCGCCUCCAGCUCAUCCUCUUCUGGCCUCUUCAGGUGGGCCGGCGCUGGCAGCAAGAAAGCGUCCGUCACUCCAUCAGCACCCAUCACCUCGUCGCUCAGCUCCGAUGCCGACACCGUGUACAUCCGCAAAGCUGGCAAGGGCACCAACUGGCAGCCACUCAGCCAGCUCCUCGGCAAGAACGGCGUAGAGGAUGCUGCCGCGCUCCUCGACUCGUCGGCGCAGACCUUCUUUGUCGAGCCUGUCCUCCUCACAGGCGCACGAGAGUCGUACAUGACCUCGCAGAUCCAGGACUCGCUGCUCCCCUCGCUUUCCAGCAAUCUGGCCGGCAGCCUCGUCAGCUCCGACGCCCGUGCGGUAUUGGUCGAGGACCCAGAGUCCAAGCACUCGGCCUACGUCUUUGGCAAGGCUUUCGCCGACACUGCUGACCGUACCGCUGUUGCGACCGACGCCGAUCCUCGCAACACCUUCCUCAGCAAAGUCGUCGACUCCAACUUCCUCUCCAGAUCGCUCUCCCAGGCCAUUCGCUCCGUCUCACGACCUGCCUCUGUCGCCAAAGCGCCGGCUGCCGAGCUUGAACAGCUCUACGACGGCCUUCAGAUCGUGCCUCUGGUCCCGGACAGCGAGUUCAACCCGUACGCGCCCAACAACCUCAAGGGCAAGCGCGGCGCUCUCAACAACAAUGAAGAAAUCCAACGCAUUCGAUGGAUGGCCUAUGCUGUCAAGGCGCUCGUCAUUCGCUUCUGGGCUCUGCUCAAGAAGGCCGACUCGGCGGACAUCUUUGUCAUGCUCUCGGCCUACAUCCUCAUGCACGGCACCUUUGUCAACCUCUUCCUCUCGAUGCGCAAGUUUGGCAGCAACUUCUGGCUCGGCGCUUCGGUCUUGAUGUCGUCCGUCUUUGCCUUCCUUCUGGCCAUCACCUUUGCCUCGUUGCUUGGCGUCACUGUCGACCCCAUCUGUCUGUCCGAAGCGCUGCCCUUCUUGGUCAUCUUGGUCGGAUUCGAGAAGCCGUACCUGCUCACCCGCGCCAUCUUCACGCACCCCGAGAUCAUCUCGUCCGCCAACUCGCUCACCAACAGGGAGCGCUCCGAGCUCAUUCUCAGCAACCUCGACCAAGCCGCCAAGCCCGAAAUCGGUCAGCUCGGCAAGACGCCUCCUGGUGCCGCCAACGGUACCACGGCGGCCAUGUCGCGCGAGGAGUCCUUUGUUCGUGCUCUCACCGAGCGACUCAAGAACGAGGACAGCCUGCACUGGGCAGAGCCUACACCGAUGCCUGCUCACGAGAUUGUUGUCUCUGCCGUCAACCGCGUUGGUGUCCCCAUCAUUCGUGACUACUUUAUCGAGAUCGCCGUCAUGGCCGUCGGAGCCACCAGCGGUGUCAGCGGCCUUCGCGAGUUCUGCCAGCUGGCCGCUCUCAUUCUGCUCUUCGACUGCAUCUUCCUGUUUGCGUUCUACGUCUCGAUCCUCACCGUCAUGGUCGAGGUCCACCGCAUCAAGGUCAAACGUGGCGUUCGCAAACCCAAGGUCAGCGCAGAACUCAACCUGGACUCCGACUCGGCCCCCGCCAGCCCCGUCUCGGACAGCUCGAGCUCGCGGGAUGGCAGCCCGACACCCGCCAGCCGACCUCUCUGGAAGAAAGUGCUUCAAGCUGUCGUUGGCUCGGCUCCCUUUGAGAAGCGUCGCAAAUCCGAAAGUCCUCUCGGCCGCCUCAAGUUGCUUCUGAUCACCUCGUUCCUCGUCCUGCACUCUUUCAACCUGAUCUCGACGCUCACCCGACAGUCCGCCAUCACGCGUCACCACGCCACGUACGAGCCAUCGCCCUACCAGAUCGUCGCCGAGCAGUCACCCAUCUUCACUCCUUCCAAGGUCGUUGCUCCCCUCCUGGCCCAGCUUCAGCGAACGCUGCCUGCCGACGUCGACCUUGUGGCCCGCAUCUCUGAGCCUGUCAUCCUCGUUCUGCUCGAGACCAACGAGGCCGUCUCUUCGACUCGCAGCACCCUCGCCAAUGCCGCUCUCAACGCUUCCGGUGUCUACGCCCAGAUCACGUCUUCGGGUGUGCGUCCUGUGCCUGUCGGCCGUGGCAGCUCGUCGCUUGCCGUGCUCGACAGCCUCAUGAGCGGAUGGACCGUCAUCGUCGGCGACCCGGUCAUCAGCAAGUGGAUGUCGCUGGCGCUCGGCAUCAGCAUCUUCCUCAACGCCUACCUGCUCAAGGGCAUUGCUACCGGCAACGCAGCACUGUCGGAAGGCAACGCAGCAGGCGCCGCCGCCUAUGCUGCCGCUCGAUUCAUCGGCGCUCACCUCGACAGCGAAGCCAGAGCCAUCGAGGAACACGGCGAACGCAAGCGCAGGAGAUGGAGCGUGCGCGGGGAGAAUGGCAAGCCCAAUGUUCAAGCUCCCGUUCGCGGUAAGAGCGCAGAUGGCAUCUCGGAGUACCACAAUCGCCUCGCUCAGAUGUCGGCCGCCAAGGCCGCCGCACCUCUGUCCAAGCUGGCGAACGAAUCCGACAAGGUCGCGUCUAAGGAUGCUCCGGCCAAGGACGCUGGGGUCAACGCCGUUCCUGCUGACGCUAUCCAGCCCGACGCUCUGGAGGCCAUCAAGAAGCCGGAUGUGGCGCCCAGCUCGGACGGUGACGGCGCCGCCACCACUCCCAACCAGCGCGGUCAGAAUGUUCGUCUGCAGGAGGCUACUUUUGUUGGGCCUGACGGCAAGGAGGUCGUCCGCCCUCUGGAAGAGCUGAUUGAGAUUUACGCCGGCGGUGCUGGUGUCUUCUUCCUCAGCGACGAGGAGGUCAUUGCCCUCAGCCAGAACGGAAAGAUCGCUGCGUAUGCAUUGGAAAAGGUGCUGCAGGACAACGAGCGGGCCGUGCGUGUUCGACGUGCGCUCGUCUCGCGUGCUUCUUCGACCAAGACGCUCGAGAGCUCGCUGCUGCCCCACCGCGACUACGACUACGCCAAGGUGAUGGGUGCUUGCUGCGAGAACGUGGUUGGCUUUAUGCCUCUCCCCGUCGGUAUCGCGGGCCCGCUCAACAUUGACGGACAGAUCAUGCCCAUCCCCAUGGCUACCACCGAGGGCACCCUGGUCGCAUCGACAUCUCGAGGUUGCAAGGCUCUCAACGCCGGUGGCGGAGUGACGACCGUCUUGACCCAGGAUGCGAUGACUCGUGGCCCUGCGCUCGAAUUUCCCAGUGUCGUGCAGGCCGCCAAGGCCAAGCGCUGGAUCGACUCGCAAGAGGGUGCUUCCACCAUCAAAGCAGCGUUCGACUCGACUUCGCGAUUCGCCCGUCUCUCCUCGCUGCGCUGUGUGCUGGCCGGGCGUACGCUCUACGUCCGCUUUGCCACCUCCACCGGCGACGCUAUGGGCAUGAACAUGAUCUCGAAGGGUGUCGAAAAGGCGCUCGGAUUGAUGAUGGACACGCACUUCCCGGACAUGAAGGUGCUCUCGCUCUCGGGCAACUACUGCACAGACAAGAAGCCAGCGGCGAUCAACUGGAUUGAGGGCCGAGGCAAGAGUGUCGUCGCCGAAGCCGUCGUGCCAGGCAGCGUGGUCAAGUCGGUGCUCAAGUGCAAUGUGCGCGAUUUGGUCAACCUCAACAACAAGAAGAACCUCAUCGGCUCGGCUAUGGCCGGCUCGAUCGGUGGCUUCAACGCGCACGCUGCCAACAUUCUCACCGCCAUCUACUUGGCAACGGGACAAGAUCCAGCGCAGAACGUCGAGUCGUCCAACUGCAUCACGCUGAUGGAGGCCGUCAAUGACGACCAAGACCUUCUGGUGACGGUGUCGAUGCCGAGUAUCGAGGUGGGCACUGUGGGUGGCGGAACGAUCUUGCCACCGCAGCGAUCGAUGCUCGAGAUGAUGGGCAUUGCAGGAGCCCACCAGACGACACCAGGAGCCAAUGCGCAACGGCUGGCGCGCAUCAUUGCGGCAUCAGUCAUGGCGGGUGAGCUUUCGCUUAUGGGCGCGCUGUGUGCAGGACACUUGAUCCAGGCGCACAUGAAGCACAAUCGAUCCGUGCCUUCCACACCAGGCACCAUGACCCCCUUGCCCCGCCCGGAGACGCCCAAGCACUUUGCCGCAUCCAUGACACCGCUCGUCGCGCCAUCCGUGCAGCCGUCGACGCGCGGCUCGCCCACCGGCACGCGCACCAUGUCGAUGACCAACCUCUCCAUCCCCGCCUCGGACAGCACCGGUCGACUCACAUAG